UUCCGGACCGUGACGUCAUGCGUCGGUUGCGUGUCCAACUCGAAACCGGGAACACGCUGUGCACGUUUUCCUGUAGGCAACCUGCAAACUUCAAACUUCAAACUACUACACAUCACGGUCGUUAAGUGUUGCUGUCAUGCCUGCUAAAAAGACUGCCACCAAGAGGAAGUCUGAGCCUAUUGGUGAAGAUGAUAAAGACCCCAAGAAAGUGAAAGUUUCCCACAGGAGUCAUGGCAAGGAGGCGGGUCAGGUCCUCGUUCUGGGUCAGGGUGAUGUUGGACAGUUGGGCCUAGGCGAGACCACCAUUGAGAGGAAAAAGCCAGCCCUUGUGUCCCUGCCGGAGAAAAUUGUACAAGUGGUUGCCGGAGGCAUGCACACUGUGUGUGUCAGCGACACUGGCCAUGUCUACACUUUUGGCUGUAAUGAUGAAGGUGCCCUUGGUCGGGACACAACGGAGGAGGGAUCUGAGAUGGUUCCAGGAAAGGUGACAUUGGAGGAGAAGGUGGUCCAGGUGUCGGCGGGGGACAGCCACACAGCUGCACUGACGGAGGAUGGAACAGUGUACAUAUGGGGCUCCUUCAGGGAUAACAAUGGUGUUAUAGGUCUUCUGGAGCCCAUGAAAACAUGCACCGUUCCAGUCAAAGUCCCCAUGACGGAACCUGUUGUGAAAAUUGCAUCAGGUAACGACCACCUUGUACUGGUUACACUGGAGGGGAAUCUGUACACAUCAGGCACUGCGGAGCAGGGGCAGCUGGGAAGAGUGCCUGAGCAUUUUUCGGACAGAGGAGGCAGGAAAGGCCUCGGCCGGUUGCUGGUACCACAGAUCGUUAAAGUCAAAGGGAAAGUUCACUUCAUAGAUGCCUACUGUGGGGCGUACGUCACCUUUGCCGUGUCAAAAGAGGGGCCUGUUUACGGAUUUGGUCUCUCCAACUACCACCAGCUGGGCACUAAAAGCACCAAGAUGUGUUUUGUCCCAGUAAAACUGGCAUGCUUCAAGAACUCCAACACCUCCUGGCUGGAAUUCUCUGGAGGACAACAUCACACACUCUGCCUAAAUGCUGAAGGACAGGUUUAUAGCCUGGGCAGAGCAGAAUAUGGUCGUCUUGGUCUGGGCCAAGGGGCCGAAGAAAAAAGUGAGCCCACGCUGGUGACUGGGGUGGAGCCAGCCAGUGGAUUGACAUGUGGGGCGUCGGUCAGCUACGCCGUCACCAGAGAAGGAUCUGUGUAUGCCUGGGGCAUGGGCACCAACAUGCAGCUCGGCACAGGGGAGGAGGACGAUGAGUGGAGCCCUGUGAAGAUGACUGGCAAGCAGCUGGAGAACCGCGUAGUACUAAAGGCCUCCAGUGGAGGUCAGCACACAGUCCUUUUGGUCAAAGACAAGCAGGAGAGCUGAUGUCCAUCAAAGACAGGGAUGUUUUGACGUUCGAGGUGGGGCUUUUUUUCAUGAUGCCUAAAUCUUGGGAGGGGGUGGAUGUCAUUUUCUGCGCUGACUAAAGGGAGUGAGAGAGUUUCGGGGCCUUUUUAUGAACUCUUCCUAGUGAGAGGAAAAAUGUCCAUGGAUGUUCAAUAGAUCAUGACAAAUGAGAGACAAUUCUUCUUUUCUUUUUUUUUAAUCUGGUUUUUGAUGUUCCCUUUGAAUUAUUUUCAUUAAAAGUCAUUAGUAUGACUGAGAUGGUAUAUGUGAUGUUUGUGAAUGUGAGUGUUUGCAUGUACGUAACGGAAAAAGAGAGCGCAAGCCUUUUAAUGACUUCCCCAAACAAUUGUCUUUUUAAUGUUAUUUUUCUUAGCAAUAAUUUCACUGACCUCGGUUCAGGCAGGACAUUUAUACUCAAUGAGUUUAAUAUGCGAGACUACUGUUCAUUUUACCUAGGGCACGCAAUUGUUGUGACUAUUUGGACAUUUGGUAAUGCGUCAUACUGUAUCCUGCAUUUUGUUGCUUUCACUGUCUGAAAAUAAAGAUACAAUUUUAAGUUUUUAUGCCCUUUCUUAUCCAAGGCAUCAAAAAUGUUCCAACCAUUUUGAUAAUCGAUUAAAGUUAUAUUCCAUACAAA